AUGCCUCCGUCUUCAAUGUACGAGCAAGUGAACACAAGCACCCCCAGCACGCUAUACCAGCUGAAGACCUCUAGCACCGCACGCGCUUACUCAAGCACUCGUACUGGCAUCCAUUUGAUGCUGAAAAAGUGCUCCAGGCUGCGCGACCCCAGCGCAUCGACCUCAAAUCCGGCACAAUUGCAAAGAGGGUCACACACGUCUACGCUGGCCGCGUGCGUAUGGAAGGAAAUGAGAUGCCGCUUUCCGUUCUUACGGCGCGAAAUCUGGAGCAGGCCCUGGCCCUGGCCCGUCGGCUUGAGUGACCCGGGAUGCGACGGGGCGAGCGCAGCAAGCAAAGGGCCUACGAAGUCACUGGCCAAAGCCAUGUCGCAUUGGUGUAGCCCCACACAUAAGAUGUCAGGGCUUCCAAUCUUCUGGCCGUCCGGCGCACGCCAGCAAGAUGCUCUGCCUCAAGGCGCUGGCACCUCUUAA